GCCGAGGGGAGGAGACCAGCCCAUGGACCCGCGGGGCCCGGCGCCCCAGACGCUGCGCCGCCGGGACCGAGCCCAAGAUGUCGGCCUAGGCCGGGGCGCGACGACGCGGACGGGGCGGCGACGAGGGGCCGCGGCUGCCGAGGCUCGCGGCCGCCGGGACGCUGAGGGCUCGCCCUGACGGACUGGCCGAGCGGGCGGCGAGAGGCCGGCGCGUUGGGAGCGGGCCGCGCGGCACCAUGUCUGCCAAGGUGCGGCUCAAGAAGCUGGAGCAGCUGCUCCUGGACGGGCCCUGGCGCAACGAGAGCGCCCUGAGCGUGGAGACGCUGCUCGACGUGCUCGUCUGCCUGUACACCGAGUGUAGCCACUCGGCCCUGCGCCGCGACAAGUAUGUGGCCGAGUUCCUCGAGUGGGCUAAACCAUUUACACAACUGGUGAAGGAAAUGCAACUUCAUCGAGAAGACUUCGAAAUAAUUAAAGUAAUCGGAAGAGGUGCUUUUGGUGAGGUUGCUGUUGUCAAAAUGAAGAACACUGAACGCAUAUAUGCCAUGAAAAUCCUCAACAAGUGGGAGAUGCUUAAAAGAGCAGAGACGGCUUGUUUCCGGGAAGAACGCGAUGUGCUGGUGAAUGGGGACUGUCAGUGGAUCACCACUCUGCACUAUGCCUUUCAGGAUGAAAAUUACCUGUACUUAGUCAUGGAUUAUUACGUGGGUGGUGAUUUACUGACCCUGCUCAGUAAAUUUGAGGACAAGCUUCCAGAAGAUAUGGCAAGAUUCUACAUUGGUGAAAUGGUGUUGGCUAUCGAUUCCAUCCAUCAGCUUCAUUACGUGCACAGAGAUAUUAAACCUGACAAUGUCCUUUUGGAUGUGAAUGGUCAUAUCCGCCUGGCUGACUUUGGAUCGUGUUUGAAGAUGAAUGAUGAUGGAACUGUGCAGUCCUCUGUGGCCGUGGGCACCCCUGACUACAUCUCCCCAGAGAUCCUGCAGGCGAUGGAGGACGGCAUGGGCAAGUACGGCCCCGAGUGCGACUGGUGGUCUCUAGGUGUCUGCAUGUACGAGAUGCUUUAUGGAGAAACACCGUUUUAUGCAGAAUCCCUUGUGGAGACCUAUGGAAAGAUCAUGAACCAUGAAGAGCGGUUUCAGUUCCCAUCCCACGUCACAGACGUGUCCGAGGAGGCGAAAGACCUCAUCCAGAGGCUGAUCUGCAGUAGGGAGCGCCGGCUGGGACAGAAUGGGGUGGAGGACUUCAAGAAGCACGCGUUUUUCCAAGGACUGAACUGGGAAAAUAUACGAAACCUGGAAGCCCCUUACAUCCCGGAUGUGAGCAGUCCUUCCGACACGUCCAACUUUGACGUGGAUGACGACGUGCUGAGGAACGCUGAAAUAUUACCUCCUGGUUCUCAUACGGGCUUUUCUGGAUUACAUUUGCCAUUCAUCGGUUUUACAUUCACCACGGAAAGCUGUUUUUCUGACCGGGGCUCUCUGAAGAGCAUAAUGCAGUCCAGUACGUUAACCAAAGACGAGGGUGUGCAGCGGGAUUUGGAGAACAGCCUGCAGGUUGAAGCCUAUGAGAGGAGGAUCCGGAGGCUGGAACAGGAGAGGCUGGAGCUGAGCAGGAAGCUGCAGGAGUCCACCCAGACCGUCCAGUCCCUCCACGGCUCGGCCCGGGCCCUGGGCAGUUCAGCCCGGGAUAAAGAGAUCAAAAAGCUGAACGAAGAAAUCGAACGUUUGAAGAACAAAAUAGCAGAUUCAAAUAGGCUCGAGCGACAGCUUGAGGACACGGUGACUCUUCGCCAGGAGCACGAGGAUUCCACGCAUCGACUGAAAGGCCUGGAGAAGCAGUACCGCCUGGUGCGGCAGGAAAAGGAGGAUUUCCACAAGCAAUUAAUUGAGGCUUCCGAGCGGUUGAAGUCCCAGGCCCGGGAACUGAAAGACGCCCACCAGCAGCGGAAGCUGGCCCUGCAGGAGUUCUCAGAGCUCAACGAGCGCAUGGCCGAGCUCCGGUCCCAGAAGCAGAAGGUGUCCCGGCAGCUGCGGGACCGGGAGGAGGAGGUGGAGGCGGCCGUGCAGAAGAUGGACGCGCUGAGGCAGGAGGCCCGCAGGGCCGACAAGAGCAGGAAGGAGCUGGAAGCUCAGCUCGAGGACGCCGUGGCUGAGGCCUCCAAGGAGCGCAAGCUGCGUGAGCACAGCGAGAACUUCUCCAAGCAAAUAGAAAGUGAGCUUGAAGCCCUCAAGAUGAAGCAAGGAGGCCGUGGGCCAGGUGCCGCCUUAGAACAUCAGCAGGAGAUUUCCAAGAUAAAAUCUGAGCUUGAGAAGAAAGUCCUGUUUUAUGAAGAGGAAUUGGUGAGACGCGAGGCCUCCCACGUGCUGGAGGUGAAGAAUGUGAAGAAAGAGGUGCACGACUCUGAAAGCCAGCAGCUGGCCCUGCAGAAGGAGGUCCUGGUGCUGAAGGACAAGUUAGAGAAGUCCAGACGUGAGCGGCACAGUGAGAUGGAGGAGGCCGUGGGCACAGUCAAAGACAAGUACGAACGAGAAAGGGCGAUGCUGCUUGAGGAAAACAAGAAAUUAACUGCAGAAAACGAAAAGCUUUGUUCCUUUGUGGAUAAACUCACAGCUCAGAACAGACAGCUGGAGGAUGACCUGCAGGAUCUGGCAGCCAAGAAGGAGUCGGUUGCCCACUGGGAAGCCCAGAUCGCGGAAAUCAUUCAGUGGGUCAGCGACGAGAAGGAUGCCCGGGGCUAUCUUCAGGCCUUGGCUUCGAAGAUGACCGAAGAACUCGAGGCGCUGAGGAGCUCCAGCCUGGGGUCAAGGACACUGGAUCCCCUUUGGAAAGUUCGCCGUAGUCAGAAGCUGGACAUGUCUGCACGCCUGGAACUGCAGUCAGCUCUAGAGGCGGAGAUCCGGGCCAAACAGCUCGUCCAGGAGGAGCUGAGGAAGGUCAAGGACAUGAAUCUCUCCUUUGAAAGCAAACUAAAGGAUUCCGAAGCCAAGAAUAGAGAAUUAUUAGAAGAAAUGGAAAUUUUGAAGAAGAAGAUGGAAGAAAAGUUUAGAGCAGAUACUGGACUCAAGCUUCCAGAUUUUCAGGAUUCCAUUUUUGAGUACUUCAACACUGCACCUCUUGCGCACGAUCUGACGUUUAGAACCAGCUCAACUAGUGAGCAAGAAACACAAGCUCCAAAGCCAGAGGCGUCCCCACCAGUCUCUGUGGCCGCAACCACAGAACAGCAGGAGGACGUGGCUCGGGCCCCUCAGAGGCCACCCACCGUGCCGCUGCCCACCACACAGACCCUCGCUCUGGCGGGACCAAAGCCGAAAGCGCACCAGUUCAGCAUCAAGUCCUUCUCUAGCCCCACGCAGUGCAGCCACUGCACCUCCCUGAUGGUGGGGCUGAUCCGCCAGGGCUACGCCUGUGAGGUGUGCUCAUUUGCCUGUCACGUGUCUUGCAAGGACAGCGCUCCCCAGGUGUGCCCCAUACCCCCCGAGCAGUCCAAGCGGCCUCUUGGUGUGGACGUACAGAGAGGCAUAGGAACAGCCUACAAGGGCUACGUAAAGGUCCCCAAGCCGACCGGGGUGAAGAAGGGGUGGCAGCGGGCCUACGCAGUGGUCUGUGACUGCAAGCUCUUUCUGUACGAUCUGCCCGAGGGCAAGUCCACCCAGCCUGGCGUCGUGGCCAGCCAAGUCCUAGACCUCAGAGAUGAAGAGUUCUCUGUGAGCUCAGUCCUGGCUUCAGACGUCAUACACGCUUCACGCCGAGAUAUUCCGUGUAUAUUCAGGGUGACGGCCUCUCUCUUAGGUACACCUUCUAAGACCAGCUCGCUGCUCAUUCUGACGGAAAAUGAGAACGAAAAGAGGAAGUGGGUGGGGAUCCUGGAAGGCCUGCAGGCCAUCCUCCACAAGAACCGCCUGAGGAACCUGGUGGUGCACGUCCCGCAAGAGGCCUACGACAGCUCGCUGCCCCUCAUCAAGGCUGUCCUCACGGCCGCCAUCCUGGACGGGGACAGGAUCGCCGUCGGCCUCGAGGAAGGGCUCUACGUCAUAGAGGUGACCCGGGACGUGAUCGUCCGUGUGGCCGACUACAAGAAAGUGUACCAGAUCGAGCUUGCCCCCAAAGAGAGAGUCGCCAUCCUCCUCUGCGGCCGGAACCACCACGUCCACCUGUGUCCAUGGUCCUCCUUCGACGGCGUGGAGAGCAGCGUGGACGUCAAGCUUCCGGAGACGAAAGGCUGCCAGCUCAUAGCGACCGGGACGCUGAAGAAGAGCGGCCCCACCUGCCUGUUCGUGGCGGUGAAGCGGCUGGUGCUCUGCUAUGAGCUCCAGAGAACUAAGCCUUUCCACAGGAGGCUCAGCGAGCUUGUGGCCCCUGGCAAUGCACAGUGGAUGGCCGUGGUCAAGGACAAGCUCUGUGUUGGCUACCCUUCCGGGUUCUCUCUGUUGAGCACCCAGGGAGAUGGGCAGGCUCUAAACCUGGUAAAUCCCAAUGACCCCUCGCUUACGUUCCUCUCACAACAGUCUUUUGAUGCCCUUUGUGCUGUGGAGCUCAAAAGUGAGGAGUACCUGCUUUGCUUCAGCCACAUGGGACUGUACGUGGACCCGCAAGGCCGGAGGUCACGCACGCAGGAGCUCAUGUGGCCUGCGGCGCCCGUUGCCUGUAGUUGCAGCCCCGCACACGUCACGGUCUACAGCGAGUACGGCGUGGACGUCUUUGACGUACGCACCAUGGAGUGGGUCCAGACCAUCGGCCUGCGCAGGAUCCGGCCACUGAACUUGGAGGGCAGCCUCAACCUCCUCAACUGCGAGCCUCCCCGCCUGAUCUACUUCAAGAGCAAGUUCUCGGGAGCGGCUCUCAACGUGCCCGACACCUCUGACAACAGCAGGAAGCAGAUGCUGCGGACCAGAAGCAAAAGGCGGUUUGUCUUCAAGGUGCCGGAGGAGGAGAGGCUGCAGCAGCGGCGAGAGAUGCUCAGAGACCCGGAGCUGAGAUCCAAGAUGAUCUCCAACCCCACCAACUUCAACCACGUGGCCCACAUGGGCCCAGGCGACGGGAUGCAGGUGCUCAUGGACCUGCCUCUGAGCGCCAUGCCCCCCUCCCAGGAGGAGAGGCCCGGCCCUGCUCCCGCCAGCCUGUCCCGCCAGCCUCCGCCCAGGAACAAGCCCUACAUCUCGUGGCCCUCAUCAGGUGGAUCUGAGCCCGGCGUGGCUAUGCCUCUAAGAAGUAUGUCUGAUCCCGACCAGGACUUUGACAAAGAGGGGCUUCCCUGGUGGUGCAGUGGUUAAGAAUCUGCCUGCCAAUGCAAGGGACACGGGUUUGAGCCCUGGUCCGGGAAGAUCACACAUGCCGUGGAGCAACUAAGCCCGCGAGCCACAACUACUGAGCCCACACGCCUAGAGCCCCUGCUCCGCAGCAGAGAAGCCACCACAAUGAGAAGCCUACACGCCGCAGCUAGAGAAAGCCCGCGUGCAGCAACGGCGACCCAACGCAGCCAAAAAUAAGUUAAAAUUUUUUUUAGAUUAUGGAGCUUGUUGACUCCAUCAUAAUCUAAAAAAAGUGAAAAUUGUGUUGAGCUUUUCUCUGGGAUUGUGUUGGAUUUGUAGAUUAAUUUGGGGGCCGCUCACCAUCCUGACCUUCCCUGUGUAGGAACACUGCACGUCUCUCCCCUUGAUGGGCUCCCUCUUGCAGGUUGCACGUGUUGGUGGCUAAUAAGUUAAUUCUUAAGCAUUCCAAGGUUCUUGUUGCCAUUGUGCAUAGAGUAUGAUCCUCUUAAUGUGGGACAGUGAGAGAUUCAGCGGGUGAACAUUUUGAUGCCAGUUUUUCCGUCUGUGUUUAUCAGUGAGGUUAUCUGUGCCUUCUUUUCUGAGCUGCUCUCUUUAGCUGUCUUCAGGGCUGCACCCGCCUCAACUCUGGCUUAGGAAAUCUGGAUCUCUUAGUUGCCAUCAUACAGGGGUUUUCUUUUCCUGGAAGGUUUCAUAGGCCUCCCUUAAAAGGGCCUGAGGUUGAUGGCUAGAGAGGUCGGUCUUCUGGGGGUUUUUUUCUUAUUUUUUCCCCUGCAACUAUCUGUUUUGAAAAUUUUCAAACUUCCAGGAAAGUUGCAAGAAUGGUAGAGUGAAUAACGCACAUGAGCUGUACCUAACCCAUUUUCCCCAUUUGGGUUUUUGGGGAGGAACCAGCAGAAAGUGAGUUGCAGUAUUACCCACCCCUAAGUACUUACCCGCACCUCCCUUGGGAGGGCGUCUCCCCGCUGCCCGGUGACGUCCUGUUCCUAAACCUAGAAUCCAGCCAGGGCCACGCACUGCGUUUAGUAGGCACAGCUCUUCAGUCUUCAGUCCACUGUGCAGUUUGUUUACAAAAAGUGCAGGUUUUUUUGCAAAACGUUCCUCAGUCAAGGCUUGCCUGGUUUUUUGAAUUGGGUAAGCAGUGAAAAGGCUCCGCACCUGUCUCCCAGCCGCCCGGUUCUCCCCAGGGACCAACAAACAAGUGUGUAUGAGGGUGCGUGCACACUGCACACACUUUUUUCCUGACUGCACACAUCGUACCCUUUAUCUGAGAGCAAGGCUGAUCCCUCACAUGACCAAACACAGUACAGCUGCCAUACUGAGGAAGCCACCUGCGUGUCCCCAUAAUGUCCUUAAGCACCUUUGCUGGCGCGGGACCCAGUCCCCAAGCACGCGUGGCAUUUAGCUGCCUCAUCUCUUUGGCCCCUUUACUCUGGAACAGGCCCUCAGCCUGUCUGGCAUAAAGCACAUCUUCUAGAACACGCCUCAGUUUGCGUGUCUGACAUUUCCUUGUCUUUUGAGAUUUGGGUUGUGUGUCCCAGGAUGGAGUAUGGCACACAGGACGUGGUGUCCUUCUUGGGGUGUUGCAUCCUGAGGUACAUGGCAUCUGUUUGUCCUGUACUGACCUGUUUGUUCCUCUUUUUAAGUUUAUUUAAGUGAAAUUCACAUAACAGAAAGUAACCAUUUAAAAGUCAACAAUUCGGACUUCCCUGGUGGUUCAGUGGUUAAGGAUCCGCCUGCCAAUGCAGGGGACACGGGUUUAAUCCCUUCCAGGAAGAUCCCACAUUCCGUGGGGCAACUAAGCCCGUGAGCCACAACUACUGAGCCUGCGCUCUGGAGCCCUGAGCCACAACUACUGGGUCCACGUGCCACAGCUGCUGAAGCCCGUGCGCCUAGAGCCCGUGCUCCGCAACAAGAGAAGCCACCGCAGUGAGAAGCCCGCGCACCGCAACGAAGAGUAGCCCCUGCUCGCCGCAACCAGAGAAAGCCCGCCUGCAGCAAGCCCGCGCGCAACGAAGACCCAACGCAGCCGAAAAUUAAAGAAGUCAGCAACUCAGUGGCUGUUCAGUACAUUCACAGUGUUGUACAACCACCAGCUCUGUCUACUCAGAACACUUCCAUCACUGCAAGAUAAAACCCCUACCCGCUGAGCAGUUUCUCCUCAAUUCCUGCCUCCCCCCAGCUCCUGGCUACCACCAGUCUUAACAAUCUAGGGAUUUGCCUGUUCUGGGCAUUUCGUAUAAGUGGAAUGAAUCAGACAGUACAUGGCCUUUUGUGUCUGGCUUCUUCCACUCAGCAUCAUGUUUUCAAGGUUCAUCCAUGUUGUAGCAUGUAUCAGUAAGUUGUUUCUUUUUAUUGUCAAAUAGUCCAGUGGAUAGAUGGACCACAUCUUACGUACUCAUUGGUUGUUAGGAAUAGUGCACUAGGAACAGCUGCGUACAUGUAUUUGUUUUGAGUACAUGUUUUCACUUCUUUGGGGUAUGUACCUAGGAGUGGGAUUGCUGGGUCAUAUGGUAGCUCUACUUCUAACUUUUUGAGGAACCACAGCAGCUGUACCAUUUUACAUUCCCACCAGCAAAUGUACAAGGGUUGAGUCCACAUCUUUGCCAACACUUACUUUUUUUCUUACGAGAAAAUUUUUUUUCAAUAGCCAUCCUAGCAGGUGUGAAGUUGUAUUUCAUUGUGGUUUUGGUUUGCGUUUCCCUAAUGAUUAGUGAUGUUGAGCAUCUUUUUCAUGGGCUUAUUGGCCAUUUGUGUACCUUCUUUGGAGAAAUGUCUAUUCAAGUCUUUUGCCCAUUUUUAAAUUGGAUUAUUUGUCUUUUUGUUGUUGGGUUGUAAGAGAUUUUUAUAUGAUAUGGAUAGGGAAUUCCCUGGGGGUCCAGUGGUUGGGACUUGGCAUUUUCACUGCUGUGGCCCGGGUCCAUCCCUGGUCUGGGAACUAAGAUCCCAUAAGUUGUGUGGUGUGGCACAGCCAAAAAAAAGGAUACCAGACACUUAUCAGAUAAUGUGAUUUGCAAAUACUUUUUUCACGUUCUUUUGGGUUGUCUUUUCACAAUUCUCUGUGUCUUUCAGUGUACAGAAGUUUCUAAUUUUGGUGAAGUCCAGUUUUUCUGUUUUUUUCUUUUGUUGCUCGUGCUUUGGAUGUUAUACCUAAGAAUCCAUUGCCAAGGUCAAGGUUAUGAAGAUUUAGUCUGUUUUCUUCUUCAGAGUUUUAUGGUUUUAGCUUUUGUUUAGGUCUUUUUUACAUUUUGAGCUAGUUUUUGUGUGUGGUGUGAGGUAGGGGUCUAGUUUAAUUCUUCUGCAGGUGAAUAUCCAGCACCAUUUGUUCUUCCCCCAUUGAAUGGUCUUGGCACCCUUGUUAAAAAUCCGUUGAGCACAGGUUCAUAGAUACAUUUCUGGGCUCUCAGCUCGAUUGCGUUGGUCUUUAUAUUAAUACUGCCACGCUGUACUUGAUUACUGUUGCUUUGUAGUAUGUUUUGAAGUUGUAAGUUUGGGAAGUGUGAGUCCUCCCACUUUUUCUUAGUAUUGUUUUCACUAUUCUGAGUCCUUUGCAAUUCUGUAUGAAUUUGAGGAUUGGCUUUUCCAUUUCUGCCCCUCCCCCAAAAAAUCCGUUGGAAUUUCAGUAAAGAUUGCAUUGAAUCUGCAGGUUGAUCAUGUCGGGGAAUAUUGCCAUCUUUACAGUAGUCUUCCAAUCCAUGAACAUAGGGUGCCCUUCCGGUUAUUUAGGUGGUCUUUCAUUUCUUUCAGCGAUGUUUUAUAGUCUCAGUGUACAGAUCUUUCACCUUCUUGGUUAAAUUUAUUCCUAGCUGUAUUUUAUCCUUUUGGAUGCUAUUGUAAAUGGCAUUGUUUUCUUAAUUUCCUUUUCACAGUGUUUAUUGCUGAUGUCUAGAAACACAGCUGACGUGUGUGUGUUGAUCUUGUACCCUGCAGCUUUACUGAGUUUGUUCUUUGUGGAGUUCUUUAGGAUUUUCUGUCUGUACAGAGUCGUGUCAGCUGUGAAGAGAGGUGCUUUUACUUCUUCCUUUCCAGCUUGGAUGCCACUUUUUCUGGCCCUGGCGGGAACUGGGAGCACAGUGUCCAGUAGCAGCGGUGAAAGCAGCAGCCUGGUCUUGUUCCUGCGCUGAGCGGGGAGCUUUGCCUUUCUCCGCCAGGUGUGAAGUUAACUGUGGGCUGCUCACGGACACCCUUUGUCACGUUGAGAAAGGUCCUCUCUGUUCCUUGUGCUUUUAUCGUGAAAGGGCUUCACGUCUGUGACCUCUGACUGCUUGGUUGCCAUGCUGUCUGGUUUCUUCACUGUGGAGUUACUCCUUUUUGGAAUAGUUACUGAGUCAUUUGUGGGGUUGGGCCUUGGUUUAUGAUCUCUCACCAGCAAGGACCACGUGACAAGCUUGCAGAGCAUGCUCUCAUGACAAGAAUGGAGCCAGCAGGGGCUACACCUGCCCAGGCAGCAUCGCCUCCACAGGCCCAGGGCCAUGGUUCUCACCCUGUCCCUCUUUGUCUUCACAGCCUGAUUCGGAUUCCACCAAACACUCGACUCCAUCGAACAGCUCCAACCCCAGCGGCCCACCAAGCCCCAACUCCCCCCACAGGAGCCAGCUCCCCCUUGAAGGCCUGGAGCAGCCGUCCUGCGAUGCCUGAAGCUGCCGGUCA